UGCUUCCUCUAUACUUACACUUCUACUUCUCGCCUUCAUCGAUGGCCCACGGCAUCCGCGAACAGCCAUGGGUGUCACCGGUCUCUGGACCGUCCUCCAACCCUGCGCCCGCCCCAUCAAGAUCGAAACGCUGAACAAGAAGCGCCUCGCCGUCGACGCCUCCAUCUGGAUCUACCAAUUCCUCAAAGCCGUCCGCGACAAGGAAGGGAACGCGCUCCGAAACAGCCACAUCGUAGGCUUCUUCCGCCGGAUAUGCAAACUCCUCUUCUUCGGCAUCAAGCCCGUCUUCGUCUUCGAUGGCGGCGCCCCGGCCCUGAAACGCCAGACCAUUAGUAACCGGCGGUCGAGACGCGAGGGGAGGAGGGAGGAUGCCGCGAGGACGGCGGGGAAAUUGUUGGCGAUCCAGAUGCAGCGGGCUGCGGAGGAGGAGGAGAGGAAGAGAAAGGAGGCGGCGCGGCAGCCGCGCGCGGAGCCCGAGGAAGAGAUACCGGAGAACGUGGUGUAUGCGGAGGAGAUCCUCCAGACGCCGCAGGAGAGGCUGCAGAACCGCAAGUUCAAGAAGACGGACCAGUACCAUCUUCCCGACCUGGGCGUGCCGCUUUCGGAAAUGGGUGGGCAGAACGACCCCAGGAUCAUGUCCUUGGAAGAGCUGGAGGAAUACGCCAGGCAGUUCGAUAUAGGCGAGGACAUCAAUGUGUAUGAUUUCUCCAAGAUCGACUUCGAUAGCCCCUUCUUCGUGAGCUUGCCGGCCUCUGAUCGGUACAAUAUUCUGAACGCGGCGCGGCUGCGGAGCAGAUUGAGGAUGGGGUAUUCGAAGGAUCAGCUGGAUACCAUGUUUCCGGACCGUAUGGCGUUUUCAAGGUUCCAGAUCGAGAGGGUACGUGAGCGGAACGAACUUACGCAACGACUUAUGAAUAUCAAUGGCAUGGCGGACGAUAACAUGUUCGGGGCAAAUGGAGCGAACCGGAUCGCUGGCGAGAGGGCGCGCGAAUACGUUCUCGUGAAGAAUGAUGGUGUCGAAGGUGGUUGGGCACUUGGAGUGGUUUCGAAUAAGGAGGAAGGGAAAGCGGACAAGCCUAUCGAUGUCGAUCGAGUUCCGCCGCCCCAAAUUGAUGAUGAAGAGUGGGAGGACGAUGAUGAGUUUGAAGACGUGCCGAUCGAGGGACUGAACCGCCUACCGAAGCCUAAACCUGCGAUGACUGCGCAAGAGCGAGAGGGACGAGACUUUGUUGCUCAAGAGCUGUCAAAGCGCCGGAAGAAGUUCUACCAGUCGAGAAGGCGCCGGUCUCCGCAAUCUAGAGCAAGUAGAGCGGGACCAGUAGUCCAAGAUCCAGAUUCUUUGUUUUUCGCCGAGGAAGAACAGAGCGAGGAGGCGGAAUGGGAGGACGCCCUCAAUGGAGAAACAGAGGAGCUGUUUGAAGAGCCAGGCGAUAAGGAAGAAGAUGAGCAGCUCCAGCGGGCAAUUGCCAUGUCUUUGGGCCAGGGAGCUGCAGGAGACGAGCCGAAAGCCUCAGAGUCAGACGAGGAAGAUGAUGCAUAUAGAGAAGUUUUUCAACAAGAGCGCGUGGUGGAGACGGCCCCAUUCUCGAGCGGUUCAGGACUUGCAAUCGCACGGCAGGCUAAUCAGCGGAGCAACAAGGCGACCGUGAGAGGGCCAUUUGGUGGCAGUGACAGCGAAGAAGAUGAUAUGGAUUUGCAAGCUGCUUUGGUAGAGUCCAGAAGAUCGAAAAGGGCUUCGCCACCGGUCCGAGUGAAGCGGAAAUCGCCUUCAAAGACUUUGCCGGCCGCCCAACCCGCCGCCCCUAAGAUUCCGAAAGCUUCUGGAUUUAGUGGUCCGCUACCUUUCGAAUCACUGAAUCUUGGCAACUCCAUCCUGGGCAAGAAGAAGAUGCAGAAGAUUGAAGACGAUACCGCUGGCGGAUUUGAACGGGACCUGGGGACUGAAAACAAGAAAUCUGCCGAACCAUUACCUCCUUGGUUUGAAAAUGAGCGGGACAUCAGGCAGGAGUUGUCUGAGCAAAGAACACAGGAGAAGGAGGACUGGGAACAAGCUCGGAAAGAUAAUGAAGAUCAGUUUCAAUUUCAGGAACUUCCUCGCUUACGCAAGGAAGGGACACAGGAGGUUAUUGAUGUUGAUGCGCCUCCGACGCAGGAGAAAGCAGGAGAGGUGAUUACUAUUGAUUCGGAUAGGGAGGAUGAGGAGAUGGCAGAUGUCGUUGAGGGUCCGAGAGCAGGCAUAGCGAAUAUAGAUGGCGAGCCUGCCAAGCCACAGGAAUUCGAAUCAUCACCGUCAAAGAAGGAUGGAACUGUGCCAGAGACCAACGAAGCGACAAAAUCGCAAUCGGAUGAAGAGCUGGUUGAGUGGUCUGAGAGUGAACCAGAGACGGAGCAAAGACGAGCACAGACGAACAGAGUCAAUGGUAACAAGAAUGAAGCGGUUGCAGAGAUUUCACAAUCUGCUCCGUCGGAAGUGCCAGAUGUGCUAAUGGGAGCCGCCCAAAAAUCUGCAACCUCCCCAGCAGGGUCACCUUCUCCUGAAUUCGAGAAUGUGCCAAUCAAUAAUACCCAGCCAUCAAAGUCACCGUCCCCAGAGUUUGAGGAUGUUCCGCUUGAUACUCAGCACCACGCACCGCGCCGACAGCCUUCACCCUUCGAAUUACAAGGAGCAGAGGACCUAACUGUACCUGUAGUCCCGCCCUCCGAACCAGGGCAGGACGACCCUCCAGUUGACGUACCAGACGAUGACUCUGACCAGUAUUCUGACCCCGAAGACGCUGAACUCUUCGCCUCCCUCGCAGCUGAGGCCGAGGAACACGCCCGCUUCGCCCAAGAACUCAACAGCAACACUGCCCGCAUCAACUUUGAGGAGGAAUUGAAACAACUCCGCGCCCAGCAGAAGAAAGACCGCCGCGACGCGGACGAAGUCACCCAAACAGUGAUAGCCGAAUGCCAACACCUCCUCACCCUUUUCGGCCUCCCCUACAUCACUGCUCCCAUGGAAGCGGAAGCCCAAUGCGCCGAGCUCGUCCGCCUCGGCCUUGUCGACGGCAUCGUCACCGACGACUCCGACACCUUCCUCUUUGGCGGCACGCGCAUCUACAAGAACAUGUUCAACGCCGCUAAAUUCGUCGAAUGCUACCUCGCCACCGACCUUACCACGGAGUUCUCCCUAACCCGCGAAAAGCUCAUCGAUAUCGCCCAACUCCUCGGAUCGGACUAUACCCCCGGUAUCCCCGGCAUCGGCCCCGUCACCGCGCUCGAAAUCCUCUCCGAAUUCGACAACCUCCAGAACUUCAAGGACUGGUGGAGCGGCGUCCAGGAAGGUCGGAUCCCCAAGGAAGCGGACCAGAAGUCGCCCUUUCGCCGCCGCUUCCGCCGCUCACACGCCACGAAGUUGUUCCUCCCGACCAAUUUCCCGGAUCCGCGCGUCGCGGAGGCGUAUCUCGAGCCCGAUGUCGAUAGCGAUCCGCAGCCUUUCCAGUGGGGCGUUCCUGAUUUGGAUGCCCUGAGGACGUUUCUGAGUAGCCAGAUUGGGUGGAGUUGGGAGAGGACGGACGAGGUGUUGGUGCCCGUGAUUCGGGAUAUGAAUCGGAGGGAGAAGGAGGGGACGCAGAGUAAUAUCACGAGGUUCUUUGAGGGGGGUGUUGGGGCGGGAGCGUUUGCGCCGAGGGUGAGGGAUGCUGGCGGUGCGCCGGGGAGUGGGGGGAUGUUGGGACGGAGGAAAGGGAGAUUAGGUGCGGCGUUGACGAGGUUGGCGGAGAGGGAGAAGGGGACGAGGAGUGAGGCUGAAAUACCUGGCGACGGGAAUGGGGAGGGACUUGCUGCGCAAGAUAUAGAGGCUCAGGGUGCGGAAAAGCAUGGGACGAAGAGGAGAGGUGGUAGGACGGUUGUCGAGGAUGGGGUAGAAGAUGGAGAGACUGGUGCGGCGGAUGAUGAUGAGGAGUAUACUGAGCCGAGGAAGAAGGCCAGAAGGACGAGAAAGAAGAAGAACUAGAUCCGAAUGAUCCAGCCAAUAUUAAAUGAC